AUGAUGGCUACGGAACUCCCGGUUAGCAGCCAAUACGUGCUAACGGUGAUAAUCGUGGAGAUUUUUGGCAACGUCCUCAAUGUGAUUCUCUGUUUUUGCUGUAUUCUCUUUAAAAUCGCAAGGAAAGUAAGACGACUGCAGAUUUCGGCGUUAUUUGUUCUGAAUGGAGUUUUCGGGAUGAUCUACAGUGUUUGUCGGCUUUUACUGAUAGGGCAGCAGCUGGCGAACAACCGUCUUCUUCAACAAGACACCACAUACAUGGUCCGCUCGCUGAGAAUGACCGCUUUGACGUGGGGAGUUUUCUUUCUACCGUUCGUCUGCUUGAGCGUGUAUAUUCGGUCAUGUUGCUCGUUGAAGGAAUAUUGCGGCCAACGCAAGAGACGCAUCAUGUUGAAAGUUUACUUGUUCUGUGUAAGUCUUAUUGAUAAAGGCGGAUGCGAAGAAAUGAGAAUGUAUUCCACGUUUUCAGGUUGGUCUAUGUCUCCUCAGCGGCUCCUGUUUUUAUAUCUGUAAGUUUAAGUUGUAGUGGGCGAUAUCUGGUGAGCUGUCAAGACAAUAUUAGGUUCAAUACAGCCUUGAGGCCACAAGCAGCUGCGUUGAAAAUCCAUAUACAUUGAGGGACCUGAUCCAGUGGCGAAUAACGUAUCAUUUUGCAUCCGGGAAGCAUCAAAAACUCGGCAAAAUGCCUCCCUCUCCAACUAAAAAAGAACUCCGUUUUAAACGGCGCGCCCUCAGAAAAAGAGUGAGCGCUUUUGAAAGUUUUUUCAUUUUGAGAGGGAGGUAUUUUGGCUGCAUUUUUUGAUACUUCCCGGAUGCAAAAUGGUACGUUUUUGGCCAAUGGAUUAGGUCCGCCACUGUACUUCCAGACAUGUUUCAGGCUGUCUGCAAUUUGCUAAUUUAUUUUAGGCAUAAAAUCCUACACGUCUGGAAUUGGAUUUUCCGCCCCCUUGCAGUUCCUCUCCUUGGUCUUCACCGUUGCCGGAUACAUCUUGAUUCGAAGAGCCCUAGUUGCAAACUACAAUCGGGUUAGAUUUGCCUCACUGUCUCUGCAAUUUGAGGUAAAUUGCAGUACCUUACCGAAUUUUGUUCAGAUUUCACAGAACAUUCGGCUGAUUCGCGAAUUCUCGACAAUCUUCAAAGUAAUCGUCGUGUUUUUUGUCGGCGCCGAAGUUCUACUUAUUUUGUGCAAAACAGCGCUUGUAUUUGGAACUCACGCCCAUCAACUGAUCUACAGUAUCUUCUUGCUGGAUUUGACGUGUCUAUUCGUGUCACAAACCGUUUCCGCUUUUGUAAGACACGUCGAGAUUCGAACAAAAGUCCUGGCGUGUUUCGAAUGCAGAGCACAGGAUUGUGCAGAACCAGUGGUCACCAACAUGUUCAAUCGGAAUAUUAUUGUCGAAAAUACCGCUGAGAAUGCGUUUAGUGUCAUCAGAGAGAUUUGGCAAGAUCCGGUGAUAGCCGAAGUCGCGUCUGAUAGGCCAAAAAUCAGCAUGCGGGUUAUGGGGCAUUUGGUCUCGAUUGGAAACAGAUUCAGAGGAAAAAUGGUAUAA